UAUGUCGGACGGCUCAGCGGCGACGCAGCGCCACAACAAGAGCGGCUUUUGGGCUUUGUUUUGUGGACGUAACCGAGCUCCGCCGCCUCCUCCAGAAAUGUGGACGGAUUUAAGGACAUUACUACUUUUUCAUUUGUUUUUUCUGAGGCUUCCUCUGCUGGAAGCCACGGAUGAGUGCGAGGAUGGACAGUUUCAGUGCAACAACAAAAGGUGUAUACCCACCAUCUGGAGGUGCGACGACGACGACGACUGCUCAGACAACAGCGACGAGGAGAACUGCCCCAGGAAAACGUGUGCGCCUGCAGAGUUCGCCUGUUUAAAUGGUCAGUGUGUCCCGGGCCGGUGGCGGUGUGAUGGGGAGCCGGAGUGUCCGGAUGGAUCUGAUGAAGCAGAGGAGACCUGCAGCAAACAGACGUGCCCUCCAGAGAAAUUCGACUGCGGAGGAUCCACCAACAAGUGUGUCUCGUUGUCAUGGAGAUGUGACGGGGAGAAGGACUGCGAGAACGGGGCGGACGAGGAGGACUGCGCUUCUGAUGCCAAAGCCUGCCCCAGCGGAGAGUUCAUGUGUGCCAAUCGCAAAUGCUUGGCCACCGUCUACGUGUGCGACGGCGACGACGACUGUGGAGACGGCAGCGACGAGCUCAAGUGCGCCUCCCCUCUGACCUGCGGGCCCAACCACCUGCGUUGUAACACCUCGGAGUGCGUGCCGCUCAUGUGGAGCUGCGACGGAGACCCGGACUGUUCCGACAGUUCGGACGAGGGGCCUGAGCGCUGCGGCGGGGACGGGGCCCCCUACCUGCCUAACCGCAGGGCCAACUGCACCGCUGGAGAGUUUCGCUGCAAUAAUGGGGAGUGUAUUCGCCUGACCUGGAAAUGUGAUGGAGAUCCAGACUGCAAGGACAAGUCUGAUGAGUCAGACUGCCCUCUGCUGACGUGUCGACCUGAUGAGUUUCAGUGUGGUGACGGUUCGUGCAUCCACGGUACCAAACAGUGUAACAAGGUCCACGACUGUCCCGACCACAGCGACGAGUCUGGCUGCGUCAAUGCCACAAAAUGUGAAGGACCCCUGAAGUUUCAGUGUAAGAACGGAGAGUGCAUUGACAGCUCCAAGGUGUGUGACUCUGUCAAGGACUGCAAGGACCGAUCUGAUGAGCCCAAAAGAGAGUGUGGGUUGAAUGAAUGUAUGAUCAAUAAUGGUGGAUGCUCCCAUGUCUGCAUGGACCGACCAAUUGGCUUUGAGUGCCAGUGUCCGACCGGCUACCAGCUGCUGGACAAGAAGACUUGUGGAGACAUUGAUGAAUGUGAAAACCCCGAUGCCUGCAGCCAGAUCUGCAUCAACUACAAGGGGGACUUUAAAUGUGAAUGCUAUGAAGGAUAUGAGAUGGACCUUGUUACCAAGACCUGCAAGGCUGAAGGAAAAAGCCCUUAUUUACUGUUCACUAACCGACAUGAGAUCCGCCGCAUUGACCUGGUGAAGAGGGAGUACAGUCAGGUUGUGUCGACCCAGAAGAACGCUGUGGCUCUGGACCUGGAUGUGGCCAACAACCGUGUUUUCUGGUGUGAUCGAUUUCACCGCAAAAUCUACAGUGCCUUCAUCCACGAAGCCAGUGACCCAUCCCAGCAGGUGCUUCUGGUGGAUUCCUCCCUGCAGACCCCCAUGGGUCUGGCUCUGGACUGGCUCCAACACAACCUGUACUGGACCGACUCUGGAGACAAGUCCAUCUCUGUGGCCUCAGUGGACGGCACCAAGAGGCGCGUCCUGAUCAACACUGAGCUGAGCGAGCCUCGAGCCAUCGCUCUGGACCCUCACCACGGUUUUAUGUACUGGUCAGACUGGGGCACACGAGCCAAGAUAGAGAAAGCUGGGAUGAACGGAGUGGAUCGUCAGGUUCUGGUGGCAGAUGAUAUUGAAUGGCCGAACGGCAUCACACUUGAUGUAGCCAACAGGCGUCUGUACUGGGUGGACUCUAAACUGCACCUCAUAGCCAGCGUGGAUCUGAAUGGAGCCCACCGCAGGACCCACCUGUCGUCUGCCGGGAGGCUGGGACACCCCUACUCUCUGGCUGUUUUUGAGGACCGAAUCUACUGGACAGACAGAGACAAGGCAGCAGUUUUUAUGGCAAACAGACUAACCGGUCAAGAUGUCCAAGCUCUGGCUGAAAACCUCAAUGACCCCCAUGACAUUGUGGUCUUCCACCAGCUCCGACAGCCUCGAGGCCCUGACAGCUGUAAUCUGGGCAGUGUAGCCAAUGGAGGCUGUGAGUAUUUGUGUUUGAAAGCACCACAGAUCACCGAGCACUCCCCCAAAUACACCUGUGCCUGUCCCAAUGGUCAGGACCUGGGCCCUGAUAUGAGAGGCUGUGUGCCAGCAGCGCCAAGAGAGGACGUGACAGCAGCGCCUCCCUCUGAGUUUUCACCAGACACCAGCGGGACCGUCCCUGAAAGCAGCGCUCCGUCCUCGGGGGCCGUGUCACCAGCCGACGCUAUCCCCCACCUGGCCACGGCUCCCUCUGCUUUCCCCGAGUCUUUCACUCCUCUCAGCACGCUGCAGCCUCUGGCGUCCCAGGAGUCCAAAGCUCUGGGCUCCCACUCCACAGCCACGGCUAUGGUCAUCUCCACCACAGCAGCCGAGGACAGCAGCGUCUCACAGCACUCUGGAAGCGAGAAUUUCCUCCUGGGCGAGAACCUGACAGUGGCCGUUCUGGGUGUGGUCAUUCCUAUUGUUCCUAUUGUUGCCACAGUGGUGUUCGGCCUGGUCUGCGCCGGAGUCUACCUGGUGUGGCGGAACUGGCGGCGCAACUCCACCAAGAGCAUGAACUUCGACAACCCCGUCUACCGCAAGACCACCGGCGAGAGCGAGGAGGACGAGAUCCACAUCGGACGGACUGACUCCAUGGCGCACCACGUGCACCACCACCCGUUUCCCCAGGGCGUCAGCAUGGGAGUGAUGGGAGCAGGGGGCGGCACCUGCCCGCAGUUCAUCGCCCUGCCGCUGGGGGGCAGCAUGCCUGACCCAGGGACUCACUGGUACACGGAGCAACCCAUGCUCUCCGCCGCAAAGUGACCACUGGGGGCUGCUGCUGCUGACGACGGCCCCUCAAGCACACACAGUGAGGUCAGAGAGGGACUGGACCGGGUUUAAUGAAGGGAUGAACAACAUAUCAAGUCAUGACGCCUUUAAGAGCCAUGUCAGAUGCCAAAUUCAUCAAAAAUAACUUGUGUUAAUUCAAGUAACAUGAUUCCUUAGAAAAGAAAAGUCAUGCCUUUACUGAGAUAAAGAUGGUUCUGUUUGUCUCAAGGAAGUGCUGAGAAUAGUUAACGUGUGCCAGUGUGAUCCUGACUUUGACCCAAGCUUGAAAACAGAGUUAAAUUGGUUCAUUUCUACCUUUUGUAUUCAAACUUGAGUAAGGUGUAUGUGUGUGUCUUAUUUUCAAUGGAUGGCUUGAUGAGAGCUUCUCUUCUGUCCUUGAUGUUUUCAUUUGGGCACUGAGUAAUUCCUGGUUGGCAGUGGAGCCGUGGGACAGCUGCUGAGGAAGGAGGAGCCCUGAAACUGGGACAGUGCGUGUGUUGGUGAGACAAUCUGUACAGACUGGUGUUCAGCUCCAUCACAUAUGUUGUUGUUUGAGUUGUUUUGUGUUGUAAACGUUUUGAUGGAUAAGUUUCUCUGGUCUACGCUAUGACAGGUUCUCUGCUGCGUUCGCAUCGCUCCAGCUUUACAAAGUCUGUCUCACUUUGUUUUGGCCCUGCCAGACUUAAACUUUGAUUCUGUGCUGAUGAUUAAUAACUGGGAAGGAAUUGGAAACGAUAAGAGGAAGAAAAAGAAACACAAGCUACAGUUUUUUUUUUUUUGUACAACGGAGUAUUAGGGUCACACUAACAGAUUUUUUUAAAUUUUUUUAAAUUACGAGAAUAAAGUCAUAAUAUGACGACAUUAAAGUCGUAUAGAAAUAAAUUCAUAAUACUAUGUGAAUAGAGUUGUAACAU